AAUUGAUAACAAGUCUUACCAAUAAUAGAUAUCAUCAUCAUCAUCAUCAUGUCACUCAGCCCACCGACAAGGACAACGACAACCGGCGGCGGCAGCCCCUCCAGACCGUUCCAGCUGUACUGGUGCUUCCAAUGCCAUCGCGCUGUAUCCAUCGCCACAACAAGCCGUUCAGAAGAAACCGCCACGUGUCCCAGAUGUUCCGGGCAGUUCGUUUCGGAGAUCAACAUGCGCCGCCGCCCCGCCGCGCAGCCCAGGUUCGUCAUGGAUUUCAGCGACUUGUUCGAGCCUUCCCCCGAGUCUCGCUUGCUCGACGCUCUCUCUCUCGUCCUCGACCCUCCACUUUCCCGGGGACGAGACCCUUCGCCGCGAGGAGCCGGCGGCGGAACGGAGUUCAACCCUCCUCCAACUACCAGAGGACGGCGCAGGCAUAGAAGCUUAGACGACGGCGGAGAGCCGGGCCGGAGGACGAGAACAUGGAUCAUCAUCCGACCCGUUGGCGGCGACCCGAGUUCGAGUCCCCCGACCCAACCCGGUGCCGCUCUCUUGCCACCAAGGCCAAACCCGAGGGACUACUUCUUCGGACAAAGCUUAAACGACUUGAUAGAAGAGAUCACUCAGGACGACCGCCCGGGCCCGCCUCCGGCUCCCGAAUCGGCUAUCGACGCGAUCCCGAGGGUGGAGAUCGAGGCGGCGCACUUGGCCCGCAACGACCACGACUCGUGUCCGGUGUGCAUGGAAGAGUUCAAGGUGGGAGGAGAAGCCAGGGAGCUGCCCUGCAAACACAUUUACCAUGAAGACUGCAUCGUCCCAUGGCUGAGGCUGCACAACUCCUGCCCGGUUUGCCGCCAGGAGGUUCCGGGGGUCGAAGAUGAGAGCGGGGAGGGAGAAGGCAGAGGCGGCCGGGGAGGGAUGUGGUGGUGGCUGAGGCGGCAGCUGGCGGCGCUGUGGCCGUUUCGUGCUCGAUACGCUAGAGUUGUGCCGCAUGGUGUAGUAGCCAAUGGUGGUCACCAAGAGAUUCGUCGUCGCGCUGCUGCUGCUGCUGCUGCUAAUGAUUCCAGGAGAGGUCAGAAUUGAUUGCUAUUGUCCUGAUUAUGUGCGGGAACCAAAAAUACAUGCACACGAUACUGUAAAAAAAAAAAAAAAUUUGUCAUUGUUGAUAACAGUUAAGCUUCAAAUGAAGAUUGCAGUAAUCAUGCUGCUUAAUGGAUUUGUGUUAGUGUACUGAGAAUCCAACUUUUUUGCUUUCCAACAGUUUCCUCAUCAGGAUGGAGCCGCUGCAACAUUCUGUGAGUGCUUGUCGAAACUGCAGGAUACCAGUCCGAAACGACUAUGUAGGGCACAGAUCUGAUCUAGACAACCCCCGAAAUGACACAACAUUAUAUUUACUGCAUGGUUUCAACUUUCAAAAACGCAUUUGUAAAUACCCAAGGAGCUUGUAAUCAGUGGUGAUUUGUACCAAAACCGAACCAGUAGAGUGUAGAAUUCCCACAUAAUUAUUUCUCCUAAUUUUGAUUAGAUAGCCGAUCAUCAGCGGCAAACUGUGGGUUCGCUACUCAAUUACAUAU